CCAGCUGGCGGGGGGGGGAGGGGGGCGGCCCCUCUGCUCUCCGGCGCCCCCUUGCUGCCGCUGCGCUCCCACCUGCCCGUCGCGGGGGCCGGGGUAAUGGAGAAGAAGUUUGGUUUAGGUGCCGUUUCAUGAUUGCAUUCAGCCUUCAGUAAACAAGGUGUAAUGUGCUAACGCCUGCCCACUUCCUCGUUGACCUAGAAGACCUCAUCAGUCAGAAAAGAUAAUUUGCUCUCCCGCUCCGGUCCUGUUUCUGCUCCCGCCCCGUGGAGACAUUCCUCCGACUCAGCACACUCCAUCCGCAUCCGCCUUCGGACACAGAGCGGAACCAUGUCCGAACUGACCAACGACCAAAACCCGUUGAAGGGCCCCAGGUGUUCAGUAUGCUCCGUGACCACCUGCCUCUGCCACAAGAAAGCCCUCCCCUACUCGGUCACCUCCGUGGUGGAGACGUCGGCCACGACGAGCCCUUCCAGCUCCGAGAAGAGCGGGCCCGGCUCCAUCGAGCCCACGUUGAAAGAGCUCGACCACAGCCAGGAAUCCAUCAUGUUGAAGAGCGAGGAGCAAUUCCCUCCUCUGCCUUUACCUUCCCGCUCCUUGCUUUCCAAGUCGAAGGAGCAGCUUUCCACGGUGACGGAGCCGUCAAGAAUGACAGAAGUCAUAGAGACUUUUAGAAAAAUGUCUCAACAACAGUGGACUCGUGGCACUUGUGCGGAAGGAAAAAUUCCUCACACGAGGAUGGAUGACGGAACUGCUAUUAAACAAUUCUAUACUUUUGGUAGAAAACUGGGACAAGGCAAUUUUGGAACAGUCAUUGAAGUCACACACAAGGAAACGGGCCUGAAGUGGGCAAUCAAAAAAGUGAACAAAGAAAAGGCUGGAAGCUCUGCUGUGAAGUUGCUGGAACGGGAAGUGAACAUCCUAAAAAGUGUGAACCAUGAACACAUUAUACACCUGGAAGAAGUAUUCGAAACACCCAAGAGUAUGUACUUAGUGAUGGAGCUGUGUGAGAACGGAGAACUUAAAGAAAUUCUAAACAGGAAAAGGCACUUCUCAGAGGAUGAGACAAGAUACAUCAUUCAAAGUCUAGCAUCAGCUAUAGCAUACCUUCACAAAAAGGAUAUAGUCCAUAGAGAUCUAAAGCUGGAAAACAUAUUGGUGAAGAGCACCACUAUUGAUGACAAUAAUGAAAUGAAACUAAAUAUAAAGGUAACCGAUUUUGGUUUAGCGGUGCAGAAGUUGGGUGGCAGUGAAAGUAUGCUGCAGACUACUUGUGGGACCCCGAUCUAUAUGGCCCCAGAAGUUAUCAAUGCCCAUGACUAUAGCCAGCAGUGUGACAUUUGGAGCAUAGGUGUCAUUAUGUACAUACUAUUGAGUGGGGAGCCUCCUUUUAUGGCACACUCUGAAGAAAAACUUUUUGAGGCCAUUAAGAAGGGAGAACUUUACUUUCAUAAGAAGAUCUGGCAAUCUGUGAGUGACUCUGCUAAACAUGUUUUGAAACAACUUCUGAAAGUAGACCCUGCCCACAGAAUUACAGCUAAUGAACUGCUUGAUGUCAACUGGAUAAGAGGUGAAACCUUCACUUCUGAGGGGCCAUCAAAUGUUCUGGAGAUGAUGAAAGAAUGGAAGAAUUAUGUAGGAAAUGAGGAAAGUGUUGACCUGCCUUCCACAACUGUGAUGUUUGAAAACUUUGAGGGAACUUCAGGCGAGAGAGAGAGAGAAACUUCAGAUGAGAAUAACAGCUUCUUAAGCCUGAGUGUGGGGCCCGAAACUGAGAAUGUGAGCUGUAAAUCCUCUACUCCGGCCAAACAGCUCAACAAGAAAAAGCAUCACAUCAACACAUUAACAAACGGGACCGUGAAGAAGAAGAAUACACAUAUGAAGCCAAGCUCGACUUUCUCUACUGCCGGAAAAGGAUCCUCCGGGUCCGGUUUAAAGCGGGGCCUGGACCCUUCAGAUAUCUCAAUCCUACAGAUUUACCCUGCCAACAGACAGCCUCCACAGGCCCCGAAGUGGGCAGUAGAUAGCGCCUCUGCCUCUGCAAGCCAAGGAUUAGCUCCCAAAAGCAAUCCUAAAUCGACUCCCGCGUCUAAAACCAAAAAGCCAUUGUAGGGCACCCGCCAACAGCUCUUUCCGAUACCCAGAAGGGUCGACCGCUCCCGACAUCUCGAGGAUGAGGUGGGCUGAAGAGGAUGCGGGUACUCUGACUGAAAUGUGCGCUUUUCCCCUGGGAUGGCCUCAGACAUCCCCAGAACUAUUUGCCUCGCCUCUCCAACCGAAAGUGUCUCUGAAGCAGCCGGAACCCAAUUAUCGGUAGCGUUUACCGCUGGGCCGGAAAUUGUAACGACCCGAAAACCAACGUCAUAUUCGGUUUAGAGACCGGUAGGCCCAUAUCAGAACGAUUCUUCCACGGGGAAGACUUCCAUAAAUCCGCCGGCUGGUUUUUACCUAGGAUUCUGUAGAUCAGUCACCUGCGCUUACGGAGAAAAAAAAAAAGCCCGCAGAGAGACCAGAAUUUGUAAUGGAGGUUCCCUGAUAACUAUGUGCUCUUUGCACCGGGAGACCUUGCCAGGAAAUUGCUUAUAAACUUGCUUUAGGCAUUACAGCACAAAUGCUUCGGUCAUUGAAUGUGUUAUUACUAUUUUAGGUCACUGUAGAUUGCUUACACAACUUAUUUUCAACUUGGCAAAGGGGAAAAGUUUUUCUUAGAACUCCCUGCUUAAAACUUGCUGUUAAAUGUCCAGGGUGUUGCUCGAAUAAAUAAAAAUGAGAAGGAACAGGUGUUA